CGCCGGCCCCAGCCAAUGAGCUGGGCGGAGGAGGGACGUCUCGGCGCGCGCCUCUGCGUCCGCUUCCCAGUUCAGCGCGAGCCUGGGAUUGAGCGGGAACAGCGCUGCGCUCCGCUUCACUUUCUCUCCACGCAGGAAUUUCGCUCGUGUUUCCCGAAAACAGCAGCAGCCGCCGCAACUACAGCAGCAACAACAACAAACACCUACGUUCUCCUCCAGAACAGACGGACGGCCGGUCGAGUCGCCAUGAAGAACCCCAUGUACUGGGUGGUCCUGUCCGGAAUGGCCAUCGCUUUGAUCCAGCAAGGUUUGCCAGUCCGGAGCCAGGGGGACUCUCAGUCUGACAACAAAGUGAUGGACAAUAUCACAGUCCGGCAAGGAGAGACGGUGUUCCUCAGCUGUUCUCAGGGUGACGUUGUGACGCACACGGCUUGGCUGAACAGGUCCAGUAUACUGUACGCUGGCGAGGAUAAGUGGUCUGUGGACCCCCGAGUGAGCCUGGUUACUCUAAACCGGGACGAGUUCACCAUUAAGAUUGAGAACGUGGACAUGAGCGACGAGGGGCUGUACGUGUGUGCCGUUCAGACCAGCAGCAAGCCCAGAACCACGUCUGUCCACAUCAUCGUGCAAGUUCCCCCAAAAAUCGUCAACUUCUCGAAAGACCUGGUGGUGAAUGAAGGCGCCAACGUCACGCUGAUGUGCUUGGCCAGCGGCAAACCAGAACCUGCAAUCAGCUGGAAAAUGCUCUCCCCAUCUGGUGACGGUCUUGGUUCAGAUGACGAGUAUUUGGAGAUCCCCUCUAUUACCAGACAGAGGGCAGGAGAAUACGAGUGCAGUGCAGUCAAUGACAUUGCUACAGAAACAAAGACCAUGCAGCUGGUGGUCAACUACCCUCCCACCGUGUUUGAGGGCAGAGAUGUUGGGGUCACUCUGGGUCAGAGAGGGGUCCUGCAGUGCGAGGCUGAUGCUGUACCCGAGGCAGACUUCGAGUGGUACAGAGACGACAGAAGGAUCUCUAACGGCUUUGAUGGGAUUGAGAUCGAGGAUUCUGGAGCCUUAUCAAAGCUGACUUUCUUCAAUGUGUCUGAGACAGACUAUGGAAAUUACACUUGCGUUGCCAUCAACAAACUUGGGAGUGCAAACACAAGCUUUGUUCUAUAUGAAGUAAUUGAGCCCACUAGUUCGACACUAUUGCAAGUGGAUACUGCUUCUCUUUUAGAAGUGACUUCAUCUGUUUUAGAGCAAACAGCCACUGAAUACAAUCAGUUUUGGGAAGGACCUGGUGCAGUGCAAGACGGCAACAGUGGCACAUCGGGAACGUACACACCCAUCUGCUUACUCCUCAUCCUCGCUCUGCAGCUGCUGCUCAAGUUUUGAUGGUGAAGAGGAUUCAGGAAGAAAUGGCCUCAUCUCUCUUACGACUCAUAUCAACACCUGCAGUCACCAAUGGAAGCACAGAGCGUGCAUGGGAUUCCCCACUACUCUUUUGUAAUGAGUAAUUGUCAUUUUUCUUUGUAUUAAAUAAGAAUCUCUUACAUUAUCUCCUCCCUGUCCAAUUGAAAUGGCAACAUUUAAAUCUCCAUAGAAAACAAACCACCUGAGGCUUGUCUAAUUGAAUAGAUAUAAAUAUAUAUUAAGUUAUUUCUGUAACUGUAGUUUUAUUUAACUGGUUGUAAGUCCUAAAAUCUUAAUAUAAUAUUUAAUAAGAAAAUGAAAUUUCAACAAAAGGCUUGUGAUAAAGAGGGCUUUUGUCUCCCUUUUUUGGAUUGGUCAGUGAAUUACCUCAAGAAGCAAGAAUUAUUGUACAAUUAUAAUAACACACUUUACCAGAAAACUGGGAGAUGCUAUUCCUCACAGUAAUUCCUCAUAAUUUAUGCUUGUUAUAAGGUCUAUUUUAGAAAUGAAUAUAAAAGAGGACAAAAACUGAUUUUUUGUUAGCUUUUUGGUAAAUAUUAUGUGUAACUUUUUUCAUAUUUAGCAUAAAAGCAAAGUGGGGAUACUGCAGGUCAAUCAAGAAACUCACCUUUAACACUUUGUUUAGUCACCAGAAAUUACUGUUUUUUUUUUGUUGGGUUUUUUUUUUUUGGAAUAAUUUAAUGUAACGAAAUAAACCAAUUGAGUAUUCCUGUUUUCUUAUCUUAAUAUGAUGAAAGCAAUGUUGCAUCCAAAAUCCCAUCCACAGUCCAAAGUCCACAAUCCUAUUUUAAUUGACUAGGGCUGGCGUCUUAGGGCUUUGGGUUAAGAAUCAUUCCAAGAUCGUACCAUUCGUAAUUCCACUGACCGAGAAAGCCCAAAGAACUAUCAGCUAACACUUGUUGAUUUUCAACCGUUGUAUCAUAAAUAGAAGGUUGUUUGGGAUUCUGUAACUUAACCAGUAAAAGCAUUGGUUUUAUUGAAGUGGCAGCGUCUUAAACGAGUAUUUGAUUUCUAUGUCGAAUCACUUGCAUCCAUAUAUAUUUUUUGCGAGCUCUCUUUGACUUUCCAGUGACCCUAAAUCUCCCCAUCCCUACAUAACUCAUCAUGACUACUCUGAGUUCUCUUGUCUAUAUGCAUAUAUUAUGUACAAAGGGAAAAAUAUGCACCUGUUUUUACUAAAAUUGUGAACCAGUUUAAUACAAUGCAACAGACUUUUCUAUUUUAAGUUGCUCCUCUGGUUGGAGUCAUGUAAUUUAUUUCUGAAAUUUGCUUUAUGGUUUUUGCAUUAAGAAAAUAACGUCUAAAAUAUUGUCAUUAAAACUGUUCAUUGUGAAUCUGACAUUAAGUAGUGUGCUUUGCGCAUGUUUUGCCGAGCAAGGUUAGACGUACUUGCUCGUCACUGUCUCUAUGCAUCGUCACUCUCGGUAUCUUGACAUUUGAUUUGAUGAGUUAAUAUUAUAGGUCAAAUGUGUGGACUACUUAAGCCUCUGUUCAUUUUUAGUAUGAUUUUGAUUUGUUGUUUUGGGUUGAAUAAAUGGCAUUUCUUCAGUCCAGGUACCUCAAAGACAACCAUUUAUUAAAUUCAUAUAGUCAUGUAUCAUAAACACUGUUGUCAGUGUACAUCAGGAUUUAUACAUCAAAAUUCGAGGCAAAUUUCAGCAACUGUGACAGGAAUGAAAUAUGCCCGGGAAACAAGACAGAACUGGACACACAGCUUGAAAGAGUGUAAAAUAAAUAGAAAACAACAUUAGCCACCGUUACAGUGGUGGAUUUCAAGCACAAGGUUGUAAUUAAAUUAGAUGGGUUAUGGCGUCUGUGCUGCUUUCUGGCAGAGAGUUUUGUAUGUGGUUACCUAUGAAGAUGUACUGUAAAGCAUUACAGUUUUUCUGGAUAUUCUUUUUGUUUUUCCCUUUAUUCUUUGUGUGGGGCAUUGGGCUCUCGGCCAUAUAAAGGGUAGGUGCAAUAGAGUUCCCUCUCAAAUCCAGAGAAAUGUGAGACCAUGAUCCACGCUCACCCACGAUCCACACUCAUGUUUCUUUACUUACAUUUACAGUCCACAGUACUUGAAUUGCACCCACUCUUUAGGGCUGAUUGUGAUACGUGUUUGGAACGUAAGCUUUGUAAACUGGGUUUCUGAACUUCGAAAGAUGCUUGGUUGAAGAGAGCCUGUCACUGCACCACGUUCUCUUCAGCAGAGAAGUUGUGCUUGUCUGUGCAUGGCCAAAAUCUGCACCUUUACAAUGGGUCAGUUGGUGCAAAAUAUCUCUCAACAAUAGCAUCCGACCAACUGUCACCUUAGAAAAAAGAAUAAAUGCAUCACUCCCCUCUCAUACGACUCCCUGGAGAGGGCCAAAUGAAAUUCUCUUUGAAAUCCCUGUAAUGUAAAGGAAUUGUUGCUUCAUAUGUUUUUUCUUUUAUGGAGAUUGUGUGUUCAUAUUUAAGACUUACAAUAAUAAAAUGUAUCUAAAUAGAA